AUAUGAUCGGAUCGAUAGAUGGCAAGCCCCGUGAGAACCGUAGUGCUAUAUAAAGAAACGUACAACAUUUAAACUCAAAAGCAGGGACAGCAUCGGGCAGACACAUUUGAGGACAGUUAGACGCAUUGAUUGAGAACUACAGUUGUUCCUUUCACACCACUCCAAACUACGAUGGAUUCUAUUUUGUGCGAUAUAUGCAAGGAAAGUGGCGAUACAACCACGGCCGAGUCACGUUGUAUCGAAUGCGCAACGUUCUUAUGCAAGUACUGUGAAAGGGCACACCGAAGAUUCACGCAGACGAAAUCACACCAAGUGUAUAAGCUAACUGGAGAUUCCAAAAAAGACAGAGAGAGGGCCAGAAAAGAGAGUAAAUUACGCGACGUCAAUUGCGACAAACACACCGACGAAGAGCUGAAUUUGUUCUGUACUGAUGACCAAACCGUCGUAUGUAACGUCUGUGCAAGAGAAGACCAUCCUGGUCACAAUAUCGUGGAUAUCGAAGAAGCAGCAGAUGACGAGAAAACUAAUCUUAGACUUUUGCAAGGACUUGCUAUCCAGCGAAAGGCACUGCUCGAUGACAAUCUAGAAGACUCGACGGAAGCUUUGCAAGAGUAUGGUCGAAAAACCAGAGCGCUUUUAGACGCCAUUAAUGCCGACUAUGACGCCAAACGUCGUGAGCUGGAACAACAUUUCGAUAUGCUACGUAAUGAUGCAAAGGCUAAAACUGAUGUGGAAGUUGAUAAGAAGAAAGCCAAACAAAGAGUCAUAGAAGGUGACAUUAAUAUUACCGAAGACACUAAACAAGCAGCGACUGAUCUUAUUAACGACGGCCAUCCUAUUGAAAUCAUGAGAGCUAGCAAAGGAACAGCAAAGAAGCUAAACGAUUGGAAAGAACUGCCUGAAAAAGAUACCGUAGAAAUGCAUACGUUCACCUAUGAACCGGGAACCCUUAACCUAACGAACAUGGGUCAUGUAAAACGGGAUCUGAGGAAUUUGUGCGAGCCGAAGGUCGAAAACAGAAUGAAUGUGGGCACAGUCUUUACGGGAGGCUCUAUAGGGCAUGACAACAACAUCGUAGGUUGUACCUCUUCUCAUAUCUACACCUACGAUGCCGACAGUUUCGUUAAACAACAUACUAGUACAGCAGAUGGCACAUUCUACGAUGUCUGUCGUAUCCAAGGAAACCGUUAUGCAGCAACGGAUUCUAAAAAUAAAUGCAUCACUAUUUUCGAUAAGAACCUGGCCCGUGUAAAGAGCAUUGGCAAUUUCCAAAUUCCCCACGGUAUAUGCGCUGCCCCGAAGGGACAACUACUUGUGACGGACAAAGGAGCCAAAUGUGUAUUUCUUAUCGAAAGCGAUACUGGCGCUCAAGUGGCUACCAUCGGGAAAGGAAAGUUCGAUCAUCCAGAAAAUGUCGUCAUUACUAGCAACAACAUUGUUGUAGUUUCCGAUUACAAUAAAUCGCUUGUGAAAGGUUUCACAUUGAACGAUGGCGAGAUUUUCAGCUUUGGAUCGUACGGUACAGGGAACGGGCAAAUGCGUAAUCCAUGGGGAAUGACGAUCGAUGCAAAUGAUUACGUUCUAGUGGCUGACUAUACCAACAACAGGACCCUCAUUCUUGAUGAUAAAGGAAAAUUCGUCAAAUACCUAGCAACCCCUGGGAAAGUGAAGAACCCAACUGUUGUUAUGCUGGAUCACCACGACAACGCCAUCAUUACCAUUCUAACAGAUAGCUGGAAAUGGCAGUAUUGACAAUAUACGAAAGUAUCAAACCUCACGUUAUUCUUCGGCACAAACACAAUCCAUGCUUUAAGGGGCUCGCUCGGUCCCUUCAAUAGCCUACAGCAAUUUCUAAAAUUCGCAACAACCUGCAAUUCAAGUUGUACCAUCGAUCUAAUUUUGGUACAUAAUUUCUU